ACAGAGAGAGCGUCUCAGCCAAACGAUUGUAUAAUUGUAUACAAGAAGUGCUGCAGAUGAUGAUUAUAUACACAAUUUGGAGGAUGAGGAGAGGCCUGCUUGAAGACUCACUCACGCUUCUUCUUCGUUUCGUUUGCUCUUUAGAAAUUCUCGUUUCUGCAUUCUCUCCCGUCGGGCUCGUUUAAAAAGCCAAGAGAGGAGAAAAACAACCUGAGAGGGGGGGAAAAGGGAAAAAAAAAAAGAAAAUGUCUUAUGUCCCUCCACACCUCCGGACAUCAUCGACUCCGUCUUCUCACUGUCUCCCUACUGCAACUCGAAACUCUACAACCACCAAAACCUCAUCAGAAACCCUAGAAUAUGAUCAUAAGUUCUAUUCUUCAAACCCUCAUUACUCUUUAAAGAACUCUUCCUCUGCUCCCCCUAGUUUUUCCAAUGGCGCUCGCCGCACUUCCGGUAACCUACCGCUUUCCAGAGCUCUUGCUGUCCCGGAACCUGUUUUUCAGCAGUGGAAGCCGUCGGAGCGGGUUUUCCGUCUGAAACCCGAGCAGAUUGAAGAAGUUCGCCUGCGGUUAAAUGUUGAUGUUACUGUUGCUUCAGACUCCCCUCCUGCACCUGCACCCAUUGAAUCAUUUACAGAUAUGUGUUUGCACUCAAGUAUUAUGAAGGAUAUCGCUUUUCAUGAGUACACGAGGCCAACUUCCAUUCAGGCACAAGCCAUGCCAGUAGCUCUUAGCGGAAGGGAUCUUCUAGGUUGUGCUGAGACUGGGAGUGGGAAAACUGCUGCCUUCACUAUUCCUAUGAUUCAGCAUUGCUUGGCUCAACCACCUAUUCGGCGUGGUGAUGGACCUUUAGCAUUAGUCUUAGCUCCUACUCGUGAACUUGCUCAACAAAUAGAGAAAGAGGUUAAGGCUUUCAGCAGAUCUCUGGAGUCCUUCAGAACUGCUAUUGUUGUUGGUGGGACAAACAUAGCUGAGCAGAGAUCCGAACUACGAGCAGGAGUAAAUAUUGUGGUUGCUACACCUGGAAGAUUUAUUGACCAUUUGCAACAAGGAAACACAUCCCUCUCUAGGAUUUCAUUUGUUGUUUUAGAUGAGGCUGACAGAAUGCUGGACAUGGGGUUUGAACCACAAAUAAGAGAGGUUAUGCGAAAUCUUCCAAAAAAACAUCAAACUUUGUUGUUUAGUGCAACCAUGCCAGUGGAGAUUGAAGCACUUGCACAGGAGUACCUUACUAACCCUGUGCAAGUUAAAGUGGGGAAAGUAAGCAGCCCAACAGCGAAUGUAUCUCAAAUAUUGGAGAAGGUUGUUGAAAGUGAGAAGAUUGAUCGACUCUUGGCUUUGCUUGUAGAAGAGGCAUCUCAAGCUGAAAGAUCUGGCCAUUCCUUACCCCUAACCAUUGUUUUUGUUGAAAGGAAGACGAGGUGUGAUGAAGUCACUGAAGCAUUGGUAGCACAAGGUUUGCAUGCGGUUGCUCUUCAUGGUGGCCGCAGCCAAAGUGAAAGGGAGUCAGCUCUUCGUGAUUUUAGAACUGGUUCUACCAAUAUCCUGGUUGCUACUGAUGUUGCAUCUCGUGGCUUGGAUGUCACAGGAGUGGCCCAUGUUGUUAAUCUGGAUCUUCCAAAGACAAUGGAGGAUUAUGUUCACCGGAUUGGAAGGACAGGGCGUGCAGGGUCAACAGGCCAAGCUACUUCAUUCUACACUGAUCGUGACAUGUUCCUUGUAGCACAUAUAAGGAAAGCAAUUGCAGAUGUGGAAUCUGGCAAUACUGUGGCAUUUGCAACUGGGAAGGUUGCUAGGAGGAAAGAAAGGGAAGCAGCAGCUGCACAGAAAGAAGCAAGACUUGCACUGUCUAGACUCUCAAUGACGGGCCCUACAUCAAUAAACAUUGAAGACAAGUAUAGAUAUAUGCUUGCCCCCACAAACAUCAAGAAAGAGGGUGCAGCGGAUGAUGCUUGGGAUGACUGAUGGACAAAAUUCCUACAUUUUGCUUUUAUGCUUCCAUGAUGCCUUUGAUGAUUCAUGUUCAAGGAUCAAUUACUAGCUUAGUAGGUAUAUGGCUCAUGGCUUGGGCCUCAAAAACGAGUAUAAAAGGAAGUUUCCUGUAAGUUCACUUUGAUCCUCUUUUUUUUGUUGCUUUAUCAUUAACGUAGUCAGCAUAUAGCAUGGACUACUAAGCUUCUUGCUUCAAAGAUUGUGUGAGUGGCUUGUAGUCAAUACAUGUUGUCACUAAUAUCAUAGUGCAACUUUCGUCAAUGUGCUUGGAAAAGGCUGUUUUAACAACCAUGAAUUCUGCAUUGACAAAGAAAGUGCUUGAGCAAGACUGGACUCCCUGUAGAAAGGCAUCUUUUGGUUUCUGUUAAAAGGCUUUUGGCAAUGCCCUAUCAUUUAAAUGGUU